AUGACAGACGGUGGGGUUGACCGGAGUGCGGAGCGUACCGGAAGCGUUCAGGCCAUGAUUCAAGCAUUUGAAUGUGUUCAUGACGGUUGGGGAGUUGCGGUGCUGGUUGGUGUGCCAAGCAAAAAAAGAUGCCUUCAAGACUCAUCCGGUGAAUUUCCUGAAUGA